GCUGCUGUGGAACAGGUGUUUAAAAUCGGUUCAAUGGAACCAGGUGCGAUGCUGUUUGAUGCAUCAAAGGAAUUUGAGGUAAGCAAUGCUUCACUCUCUCUGGGAAAAAGUUGUCUCGGGUAAAAGGCUCAGCCGCCUACCCAAGCCAGUGGCGGAUCUAGGGGAGGGGCCAAGGGGGCUCGCCCCCACCCCCUUUAUUGUUAGACCACCACUGCGAGCCACCCUGGGCGAGCCUGUUGUUGGGUGACCUGUUUUCCUUGGUAAGGUCACCAUCCUAGCUGAGCCAACUUUUUCCAUAUAAUAAAAAAUAAUCAAAAGCUCAAUAGCGCUUUACAGAAUUCAUAAGAAAGAACAAUGACGAAUGAAGAAAAACAUAGAAUGAUAAUAAAAAGAAUACCUGACGAACAACAUUAAAGUUUCAACUUAAAGAUUCUAAACUGCACUAAAAACUAAAUCCCUAAAAAUUAAGCUGUCGUUAUGAUUCUUUCGUGUAUAUUCCUGUAAACAGAAAAAGAGCGCCCGAGCAGAGGAGUACAUUCGGAUGAUCAAAGAACGUCUUCCUGAGGCUGUCCAGCAAUGUAUCCACGCCGCUGCCGGGGAACAUGAGCCUGCAAUACAAAGAGGACUGCUGAGGGUGAGUAUAGUUUCGGAGGUAGUCAUGGUAACCACAUGAUCCUUACGUUCAGUUGCUACGUUUCGAUUUUCACAGCAACCCACCCCCAGGGGGUGGGGGAGUUGCUGACAAGUUUAAGGUUUCUUACACAGUGGUUGGUGUUCUGUAAACUGCUAGAUAAAUUUACCAUUGUUUGAAAAAUAUAUUACCUGUCUUCCGUGGCAAAAUCACCACCUCCUACUAAAAACGUUUUGGUUAAUCUGCUGAAGUUCCUUCAAAUUCGCUUGGGCAUAAAUCGUUGAACGUGAUACCGUGAAAAGAAAAUCUGUACUCAAUAUAUCUGGGUAAUUUGAAUUGAAAGCGAAGGAGCGCAAAUAGUUCGUCCAUUAUGUUUCUAUUUGAGGAGUGUAGUAAGAGACUUAAAGGACUUCAUUAAUGCUUUCGACGAACGCGUCAUUCGUUGAGUUUUCAGUUAUAAAAGAUGAAUUGAAAGUAUAGAAAAUCUCAGCGAGUGGUCAACAUUCGCCGAUAACACUGCUCUGUUACCAUCUACCAGCGAAGUUUGCAACGCCGCUUGGUCAGAGAUUUUAGGCGGGAAGUAGUUCUCGUGUAACAUGUCAUGUGUCCUUGUAGUAACCAAUAAGAGCGCUCCGGCGGUCGUUGUUGGGGAAAGUUCCACCUAUAGUAUAACCGUUUUUUUUUAACUGAUCUCUGCUGUAAUCUUUUCUUCUCUUUGCUAGGCUGCUUCCUUUGGUAAGAGUUUUCUAACUGAUAUGCCGCCACACGCGUUUGUUUCAAUGUGCCGGAAUCUUCGCGUGUUAAACGCCGUGCGGGACUACAUGGUUGGAAUUCCACUUACAUAUGGACAGUAUCCUUUAUCUUAAUUCAAGAGUGAACCAAAUUUUCAGUUGUUGCAAAAGCGUCGUCUCGCAGGUUACAUUUUGCCCAAUUGCAGCGUGUGUUGCAGCAAGUCUACACUAUGCUAGCCUCCGUAGCAACACGAAAAACUUUUUUAUUUUUCGGGUUAAUUUGCAAUUGCUUAAAUUGUAAUUUCCACUCUGACGAUCAUAUCUUCAUUUAAACUUGUAUUUCCGCAGUUCACAUCAUCUUCAACUAAGUUAUCAUUGCUCUGGUCCCAACUUUUUCGGCGAACUUGAGCGGAAACUUUUCCUACGCAGGGAAACACUAUGCCAGAUAGCUCUUGCGUCGAGAGAACGAUAAUUUCGGUGCGAUUUAUGUAACGGAGCAAAGCUGCGGGUUUAAAUUACAUUUUUUUACAGGGAACGAACGAGAUGUUCCUUUUUCUCUUUUUUGAAACGGAUAUGUUAAAAGUACGUUAACACAGUUUUCAAUUUUGUGGCUCUUAUCAAGUUCUUAAGGGGGCUCCAUUUUGCUUUUUUGUCCUCUGAGAGUACUCUUUGAUUGUUUUUCAAAAAUUAUCCAAUUUUGACGCCUUGACGAUCGUCUUAGACUGGAAAAACUAACAAUGAAAACCCUUAUCGACAGGUGAGUUUUGUUUUUGUCACGCUGUUUGUUGUCGUUUUAAAAAAGCUAAAACGUGCAAUGCUUAUGUAUUUUUUUGAGGGGGAGGGGGCCGGUAAACAAGGUGUAUUGCUACGUAGCUGGAAAUUUUUUCAUAACAGUGCCCGCUCUCAUUGGUUUCUUCGAGGUCACAUGACAUCUAACAAUGAAACUGUUUCCCGCCAAAAUCUGUGAGCGGACAAUAUUGGAAAAUCUAUGACGUCAUAGGGGAACAGUGCAUUGUUACCCACGAAUCCGACGACUACCGUUACAGCGAGGUUUGAUGAAUUUCCAGCUAUAUAGCCUCGGGAAACAUUGAGAUUCUCGGAAAACAAAUUUAACUGUUUCCCUCGAGACCAGUCAUUAAGUGUUUAAGUGUUUAUUGUAAUGUGAAACGUUCAAUAAGUUCCGAGCUUCAGGUGAGAAUCAAACUUACGACCUUUCGAGUUCGAGAUCAGACGCUCUACCCACUGAGCUGAUGAGGGCUCUAUAGUGUGCAGGGUCGAAAUUUUUAUUGAUUAUACACCAGACCUGCUAUGGUACAUAGUACGAAAUAGUACUUUUAUUUGCAUUCCUACUGAAUAUAAAACAAGUUGAAGCAAAGUUGUUGUUUUUUUACUUGCCUACUUUUCGUGUCUAAAUAUAGAUUUAGUCAGAUCCGCCGUCAGAUCUGGAGAGGGAAUUCUUUGCCUUAAGUUCAUUUUACUACCGUUUAUUUUCUGCUCCUGUAGGCUUGUUUUGAGGCGUCACUACUGUCUGGCCAUAAGAAUCUGUGAUUACCUGAAGAUUCCUAAGGGGGAGGGUGCCAGUCGCAUCCUUGGACACUGGGCUUGUUAUAAAGUGAGUGUGACGAGCGGAUACCGGUUGGCUGUUACCUAUAUUUAGGCAGGGGUCUUCCUGCCAUCAGCUUAUUGCUGGUAAUUUGCUAAAAUUAUUAAUGGUAAAUUAUGGUUGUGGCAGUAGACAUAACUGGGGUUUGGUGUUCGGUGGUUGUUUCACGUGCUCAAUUUGGCACAUUGCUCUUCGUGUUUGUGUAUUUAUCAGAGAUCAAAAAAUCAACCUAUGAAAAGAUCUAGAUCAAUUAGACUGGAUUGUACGCGGUGAAGACAGUGUGGCCAGGCGCCCAUUGCGUUGUUUUCGCAAUCCGCCGGUCCCGGGUUGGAGUCCCACUCUAGCCACUUGCUGAAAUUCUUCGCGGUAUUUCCAAGUUCAGAUACCGGUCAUGCUUGUAAAUAGCCAACUGGUUGCCUCCUGCCAGUUGGGGUUUUAAAUCCUAAACAGUUGGACUUUCACAUGGCUGGGAUGAUCACAUUGAAAUUAACUUCUCCGCCCUAGUAGAAUACAAUAGUGUCCGUAAAUAGUUUUUCUUGUCUUGAAUAUAUUGACAUCUCUUUCAAUCCUUCACCUCUUCAAAACUUGCUUCUCUUGUUUAAACAGGUUCAGCAAGCCAAUGUUGUUGACGAAGAGAUUGCUCGUGGCAUCAACUCCAAGCUCGGAGAGACUCCUGGGAUAUCGUACUCAGAAAUAGCUUCAAAGGCAGUGGACUGUGGACGAACUCACCUGGCCAUCAAGGUUAGUUGAGAGCAUUCACAUGUGAACAGUUUUAUUAUAGAUUACGUUCCAAGCACAAUUUGAGGCAUAAAGCGGUGUCCUCCGUUAGUAUUUCCUUGCUAAAUGCACUGAGGCUUAAAAUAACGUGGUUUGGUAUAGAAUGGGAUUUUUUUACCUGCGAGAUUGCUUUUACUGUAAGUAAUCAAGAUUUUUUUUUUCAGUAUCCGGAGUAUGAGGACCGCGCUUUGUAAUUAGUUCGGCGGUCCCCUUUAUUAUCAGCAACACCACUAUGGUGAAAUAUUACUCAAUUGUUAAAGGACUCAUGUCGAGAAAGAAAACGUACAGCUGCAAAGAAGACCAAUGGGGGAAUGGAAUAUGGAGAGAUUAAACAAAUGAGUUGAUAAAUUAAAUACAAACAAGUUUCAUGCUCUAGCCCUUCGUCAGAGCGAAGAAGGGACCCUAAAGCCUCGGAAUCAUGUUAGAAGUUUAAUAUAUCGAACGUGGUCCAUUGGUUAAUAUAACUUCUUAACUUUCACCAUUGGUCUGUCCGGGGGUUACCAACAUGCUCGUCUCAUACGACGUCAACAAAACCUGGAACGGACCGGGUCAGAUCAACCCCUGUAACUUUCUGAAUAACGAAAGAUAAGGGAUAGUGCCUCUGGGAAUGAUCUGAUCCGGUUCUGAGGUCCAGGUUUUGCCUACGGCCUUUCUCGUGGCUUCGCCGCUUGUGCCUCCACGAGGAGACCUGCUUACAACCUGGCUUGAAGCCAGCCUUGACUUCUAGCUGGAGCAAUCUCACCAUAGUAAGUUCGUCGUUUGACAAUCGGUAAACGAGCCUAUCAUAGCCAUGCCAUGAUAGCCUGUUCACAGACCCUCUAUUUUCUCUUCAAAGUCCGUCGAGCGCGGGUGAUAAAAUAUAAACCGCAGGGGAUUAUAUUUGAAAAGAACGAAAAGAAAAAUAAAACAACGUCUGUGUACAGGCCAUGCCAUAAUGCUUAAUGUAUCUUUCAAGAUACUCACAUCUUCGUGGUCUGAUUUUUUACCUGUAGCUGUUGGACUAUGAAGCAAAAGCCGCGGACCAAGUUCCACUGCUCAUGCGCAUGAAUAAAGAUGACCUAGCGCUCGAGAAGGCCAUUAUGAGUGGAGACACGGAUCUGGGUGAGUUAUAAGUGGGUACCACUGCAGAGAACUACAGCUAACUUUAAGUAUAGUGGAUGGGAACAAUUUUUAAAGCCCGUUUUUGUUUCGUCGUAGUCGUAACAGCUGACUUAUAGAAAGAUCUAUCGUAAUGUUGAAAUUGUACCAAAGGUUCCAAAAAUUUAGAAUAAACUUUUUCUCAGCGUAAAAGUUGGCGUUACACCAGCGGCAUUACAAGCUGAGACAGAGGUUCAAACCUUAAAAUAUUUUUGAGAUUGUUUUGUUGCUCAUUAUUUGGAUCUUCCCUCGCCUCACUCAAUUUCAAGUAUAUUUCAACCAUCUUGAUCCUUACAUGCUCUCCUCCAAUGGUAACAGCUUUCUCUGGUCAGGUGAUCAAAGUUGAUGGAUCUGAACCUCCGUCCUCCAAAACCCGCCUACUUGAUUUUCCCCUGUAUCUAGAUGACAUUUCAUUUGUGUUGUCUUAUUUUUCUUUCUAGUGUAUAUGGUUGUUAUGCAUUUGAAGGAUAAUCUAACUCUUGGUGAGUUCUUGAUGGCCAUACGUUACCGACCUGUGGCACUCAGCCUCUACAUCAAGGUGAGUCUGUGAAAAGAAGUUGUGUAAAUAAGUGCGUAUUUGUUCAAGGCUUCAACCAAGAGAAAAUCCGCCAUUAUUUGCCAGGAGACAUUUUUUCCUUUAUCUGUUCAUUCUUUAAGGUCAUAAAAAUGACGUUAAAAUGUUUAAAACUUAAGUGGAGGGGUGAGAGGUUUUACGGUAAAGUUUGGAGCAUUUUUAAUCUCAUUUCUUUGAAAUGUCGGAGUCGCGGCAGUGAAAAAUGGCUACGUUUCUAUUUGUUUUUUUCAAGGUCCCGGAGAAUCGCACUCAAGAAGCAGAGAAGAGAAGAACCUUCAGUUCUGUUUCUCUUCUCUGUACUGUCAUAAGCAAAAGUUCUCGACCAAUCGGGGCGCGUAAAUCACUCGGUUAUUGUAAAUCGUUAGACUGUGUGGCAGGCGGCUUAAGAGGUAUUGAAAAAAGUGAAAAAGGGAGGGGUAAAGGGAAGAGAAAAAAAAGACACCUUUUUUCAUUUUUGCUUCUUUUCCCUUCACUCCCCUCCCCCUCUUCUCUCGUUUUUGCACCUGUUACGCAAACUACCACGCAGGCUAUUGUGAAACCUAUAUAUUCACUUUGGCAUGACUGUGAUUUGUCUGCAGUACUGCAAGGAUCAGGACCUGUUCUACCAGGAUGACCAGCUUAUGAACAGUGGUAAUGCCUUUGUGCAGGACAGCUACAGUGAGAAGGUAUCACAUAAAGUAGCUUGCAUGCUAUCUUGCUUAGGAGGGGAUCUGGUCGAAUGUUGUUUUAUUAUUUUAUUUCUUUAAUAUGUAAUUUCAAUUCUGAGCAAAGGGGUGCGUACGCUUCACUCCGUUUCUUCAUGGCAUCAUAGAUUAUUUUCGUUUCCGUGACUUUUAGGUGACUACAAAGCUCCCCUCAACCUCAUUGCCGGGACGUUUCCCCGUUGGAAAAUGGGAUAAACCCCUGUGAACGAAUGGUCGGCAGCAAUCUUGUUUAUUUUGAGUGUCAGGAAGAGCCAAGAAUACGUGGGGCAACUCUUAUUUGUAAUUUAACUCGCACAUUUCUCGUGUUUAAACUCGAAACCUUUACAAAAAUUCGUUCUAACCAUAACCAGUGAUAUCUAGUACGCAUGCGCUAAUUGUUCCCGUCUAUUUCUUCGUUGUAAAUAGUGGCCCUCAAUACAUGCAGCGACCACGUGACCAAAGGAGACAUAAGACUACAAGUUAUGUGUUAUUUUUCACAGGGAUCGUGCAGCGAACAAAGCGCGCGCGCCUGAAAAUCGCAGCUCUAUAUUAAAGGCCGUCACGCGAAGGGUUAAUUAUUAGUUGCGUAACGCCUUCCGGUCUCUCUCCCAAUCUGCUCCGCAGAGCUUUUACUAACCUUGUCUAGCGGAGCGGUUACUUUUAGUCCUGAACCAAAAGGAUCACAUCCUUGGAAAAGAGAUUGGCGCUCACCUUAUUAUUCCUUGAGAAAUAACAGGAAAUUCGUUAUCUAUGAAAUGUUGCUGGCCAUAGAAUAGAAUCAUCGUUUUGAUAUCUCUUGUCACUACACUUGACAUAAAAUCUGAUUUUCUUCUAUUUUUAUUAUUUAGACAAUAGAAUCCAAGAUGAACACAUUGUCCAAAGCACAGAUGUCUUACCAGCAAGGAGGAUUUCAGUUCUACUCAAAGGUGUGUGCUCUUCACUUUGUUGCUUUGAUUUAAAAUACUUCAAACUCCUUCAACGCUAGAGCCACUCAUUCCUUACUAUGUGGAGAAACAGAAGACGGAUGUUAUGUUUUGUCUAGUAAUCUAGGAUACGGGAUAAACUUACGACAUUCGAAUCAAAAGCACCCAGAAACUCUCCACUCCUCUCGCUGUGUUUGAUUAACAAAUACUUUGACUGUGCUUUGAACUGAUAUGAAUCACGCAGAAAGCGCCGGGCUGGGGCACAAAAGGCCGAGUGUAGGGGGACGCACAAGACUUAGUCGAGAGUGUUUAUCCCUACUUCUUAAGUGCUUUGUAACAUAACAAAGCACAGUAAAGGUUUCUUUAUUGGUUUUAUGAUAAAGAAUCCGUUAAAUUCUCCACGCAUUACUUUCUAAUUUUCAAAACAAACUAUUGGCAGAUGGCGUGAAAGCUGAAGCUUCGUGUUUUAUACCCUGAUAGACACGCUUUGUCAUCCAAUCAGAGUGCGCGUUAAAAGAGUGUUUUCACAUGACGUCAUGGCGGCCAUAUUGGUGUCCCAAACCAAUUCUCUGGGAGUUAAACUCUUUUCUUUAUAUCCAAACGCUAUCUUUUGUUCCAACAAAUUUGCAUAGAUGCUGGUCACGUGAGUGAAAACACUCUAUAUCUGAACAAUAUUAUAAAUAUUAACAAAACAUUUCUUGUCAGUGAUGCAUUGUAAGGACGAGCGAUUCAAUUUUCCAGGCAACAGAAGAACAAAUGAAACUCAUGGAAUAUCAAGUCAAACUAGAAGAGAAGUACAGAAAGACAUUUAUGGAUCUGUCCUUGAGUGAUACUAUCUACCAGGUGCGAUCAGUAACAUACUCAACUGUGUUAGCCUUUACUGUGGAUUUAGGCUGGUUAACUGACCACCUACCCUUCCCCUAAGUCAACAUUAACCCCUACUUCUUAUUUAGGGACAAAUUGUAACUUAAAGGAGGGGUAGGUAGUCAGUUACUCAAAAAUCUCAAUUGAUCCAAAAAUCGUCUGAAUCGUAGCUCUCGUUUGAAUGAUCAAAAUUAAGAUGUCAUUAAAUAAAUGCUUAAUAAACAGUACCGCUGGAAAUCUCUGCCAAGUACAAGCUUUCAUUUGAAUGGCCAUACUAAAAGAUUGCAUCUACAGAAUCAAAUCGUAGAACUUGGAAUCAACAGUAUAUGCAGGAAAUCUCUGUUCAGUAGCUUUCGUUCGAAUUGUCGUUCUUUAAGAUUUAAUCCAGACUUAAAGUAGUUAAAACCACCUUGCAAAGCACAGUAAACCGCUGUAGAAAGUACUAUUAAGUAGCUUUCUUGAAAGUCAAUUAAUUCCCACAGACUAUCAUACUGUCCUGGCGUUAGUUUCUAAGGAUUACUUUAUACUUUUCAUUGCAUACUUCAAGGACCUAAAAGUCGCUGAGCAACUGAAAAAGGAAUUCAGGGUUCCGGACAAAAGGUUUGUAACAUCUUCUUUUUAUCAGAGACCGCGUAAACAACGAGACCUUUGACAUCCAAGAACCUUUUUUUGAAACAGCCUCUAGGUGCACCACGUUAAUCUAAGGCUUGCUUGUUCACACCGCUGAUUUGUAGCCUGUGCCUUUGAAGGGGAAGAGAAAUGUGGGAAUUAGGGCGCGUGGGGGAGGAGAAAGGGAAGGGUUUCCGUCCUUUCAUAUCCUCACGCGUCCAUCGCGUUCUCGUUCACGUUCUCAGCCCGUUAUUGAAAUAGCCUUUAGUUGCACCAUGUAGUGUUAAGUUUUGUUUGUUCACCCCGCUGAUUUGUAGCCUGUGUCAAGCGUUUGAAAGGGAGUAAAGGACCGCCGGAUCGCAAGUUAGGUUUUCCCGAAACCGGCAACGGCUUUGUGCCAGAGUCAAACCUUUCUACAACGGCUCCCUUUAGAGAAAAGUGCCUUUUCUAGAGGCGUUGCCAUUGUGGGGAAUAAGGGGGCAUCUCGGAACACUCCGGAUACCCCCGGAAUAUCCCCCGGAACCUGGCAGUAGGUAAAAUGAAAAACACGAAAAGAAACCCUAACCCCACUGCGUAAGAUAUUAAAUGUUCAAGAGUGAAUGUACGGACUGUCUGCCGGAAUAAAAUAAUGGUCGUCUUGGAAAGAUGGUCGUUGGUACAGAUUCGUCGGUAUUUAUCAAAAGGCAUUUAUUUCUUUUUUUAUUUUUAAAGACUACGUUCAUGAGUUUCCAUAACUCAGUGAAACAUUGUGAAUAAACAUUCCAGUGUGCAGACGCUGUUGAUGUUAUAUACAUUGGUCUUUUACAGCCGUUUUUUGAAGCUUGCCUGGAAUCCAACAACAGAUCAGAACAGAGGCGGAGAAAUAUGUCUCCAGAGUUCUUCCCGGGUGAGUUUAUUGAAGUUUUUACUGUGCUUAAAGUGCUGGCUAAACAAACUUGCCUUGUGUAGUGGCACUUGUGUUGCAACUAUGCCGAUCAUCCUUUCACCCCAGAACCAAGAAGCGCGCACUGAAUCCGCUGACCACAAAACCCUGGGCGUAUACAAAUUCGUAAGUGAUUGGGAACAAUAACUCGAGUUCUACACUGCUAAUUGAUGCUACCCUGAGAAAAUAGCUGACAUUUUGUGACACCAUCACUGGUUUCCUCGCGAGCUUGUCUGAAGAAUGUUUGCAGAUAUUCCAUACUGAUAUGACGUGUAGCUUUCUAUCAGUAAAAACAAAAUUGACUGGUUUGUUGGCUAGGACUCGCCCUGUUAUUCCCGCUUUGAUUUUGAAUUAAAUAUUUUAUUUCGGGCCCGAAACGUUACCGGGAAUUUCGAGAAACUAGCUAAUCAUGUUCCACCUAUUUAUAAACGACAUUUUAAUUUUUGUCCCAGGAAAUACGAAGAUGCAGCGGAAACAGCUUUUUCUCAGAAAAGCGAGGAGGACCUGGAUCUAGUCCUUGGAAAAUGUGCAACUUCAAAUCGUCCGUUGGUGAACCGCAUUCAAGAAAUGAAGGCUCAACUUCGGCAAAGACGAUAA